AUGGAUCCUGGUUACAAGCUUCUCCAACACAUCAAGACUGUCCCCAACUUGAUCAAUGAGGACCCUAGUAUCACUACCCCCAAGAACUCUAGCUUUAUGGACAUGCCUUGGUCUGAAUUCUCCAAAUUGCUCAAUACAAACAAGCGUCGCUCCUCUGCUUCAGCGAGUAGUACUACCUCUGAGGAAUCGACCGAUUCUGAUGCCACUAAGGAAGACUUUUCUCUUGGUAAUUGGGACUCUAUGACCGGCUAUCAAGACAGUGAACAUAGAAACACUUUAUAA